AUGCUAAUGAGAGAUGCCCCAUCGGUGAUCGCUGCAGGACGUACUUGUGCCGUCCAAACGCAAACAGUGGCCGAUUGUGUUCAGCGCGUUCCGGAAUCGGCGCGAGCGACAGUUUGUGACAUUCGUCAGUAUCGUUCGACGCAGGGCCCGGAUGCGGAGAGCUUCCUAAAGUGUGCCCUGGCAGCGGUUGGAUUUGUGGCACAAGAUGGCUCGGUAAAGCGAAACGUUGUCCUAAAGGCGCUAGACGCGGUAGAGACUCACGACGGAGUCUACACGGACAGUGUGGACGUAUGCUUGUCGAGAACGAGAAAGUUGUCGGGCGACAAACGACCGGGUGCGUUCUUCUUCUGCAUGCUCGCCACGGAAUCGGCUCAAAACUUUAAAGAUGCACUCGAGCUGCGCGAGCUAAAAACGAACUCGGAGUGGCCGGAAAGCGGUGCAUUCGAGAAAGCUAAAGUGCUGCAGCUGACGCGGGAAGUGAAUCGAAAAUUGCAGUGCUAAUAAAACGGUGUUGAAAGAUGAACUGGCUCCAAGGCCACUAAAAGGCUAGGUGGUACACAAAAAAAAUAUAA